AGGAGCUCUGCCUGUUCCGAAAGUAGGACAAGCUACGUGUAAUAUUUGGUUGAAAAUGGCUGAUAGGAAAGCCAAUAACAUCCACAGUAGCAGCGCAAACCUGCUGUUUUCAGAUGCCCCAGAGUUUAACUUCAGCCUGCCCUUCAUUCCUGUCAGUCAGGCCACUGGCCCUGCGGUUUUAUCUGGAGAUGAUGCCAGUGAAGUUGGAGAAGAAGACAGUUUUCUUGGACAGACACCAUCAGCAGUUUCCCAACCGUCCACAUUCAAUUAUUUCUCAAGUUCCACCACCACCAGCAGCAGUGACCCAUUUGCCUCUAUAGGACAGCACCCAUGCCCACCUCCAGCACCCACUAUCAUUCCAUCGACAACAGGGCCAUCACCUGCAUCCAUUGCUGCUAGUCUGCCUCUAAAUCCACCGAUAUCUCACAUGAACCCUGUUCAGCAGUAUGGGAGUGUUGUUAAUCAAAGCCCUAUGGGUACCUACACUCCACCACCUAACGCGCCGACUCCACCUCCUCAGAGCUCCCAGCAGUCAUAUAAUCCAUAUCGUCACACAGCUGCCAGUAGCAAAGCAAAUCCCUACAUCAUGGCUCCUGAAUUACAGCAGCAGCCCCCGAGCCAGACACCCCAGCAUCUAAAACCCUAUUCUCAGGCUACACCUGCUCCUUUAUUCCAGACUCCCCCUGCUGCAUUCACAAAGACUCCUCCAACAAAGGUUCCACCACCCCCUGCAGCAACCAACAUGGCUGGGCCAUUGGUCCCUGCCAACUCUAUGGUGCCAUACACAUUUACUAUUUAUGAACCUAUUCAGCCCCACUGGUUCUACUGCAAACAAGUGGAGUCAAAGCUGGUCUGGCUUCCCUUUAGUGUUCUGGAUUCCAUUCAUCUGGAAGAGACUUUUAACUCUGUUCAGCCAGAUCCAGAGAAUGUGAUUGUUUGUACGGAUGGAGGGCGCUAUGAUGUUCAGCUGUAUGAUCGCGCACGGACCGCUGUAUACUGGGAGGAAGAGCCCUCUGAGGUCCGCCGCUGCACCUGGUUCUACAAAGGAGACACAGACAGUCGCUUUAUCCCCUACUCUGAAGACUUCAGUGAUAAGUUGGAGGCAGAAUACAAAAAAGCUGUUACCACUAAUCAGUGGCACCGCAGACUGGAAUUCCCAUCUGGUGAAACCAUCGUAAUGCACAAUCCAAAGGUGAUUGUGCAGUUUCAGCCAUCUGCAAUGCCUGAUGAGUGGGGCACGACGCAGGAUGGUCAGACUCGACCAAGAGUUGUCAAGAGGGGUGUGGACGAUGAUCAAGAUGAAGUUCCUGAUGGUGAGAUGGCACAGGUGGACCAUGUGGUGUUUAUGGUGCAUGGCAUUGGCCCCGUCUGUGACCUGAGAUUUAGGAGCAUGGUGGAGUGUGUGGAUGACUUUCGUAGUGUGUCCUUAAAGUUGCUGCAGAGUCAUUUUAAGAGGGCCCGAGAUGAUAACGUUAUUAGCCGUGUGGAAUUUCUCCCUGUGCACUGGCACACUGCUCUGCAUGGUGAUGCCACAGGGGUUGACAGGCGGAUAAAGAAGAUUACCCUGCCCAGCACAGGUCGUCUGCGUCACUUCACUAACGAAACCCUCUUAGACGUGCUUUUCUACAACAGUCCUACUUACUGCCAGACCAUUAUGGACACAGUGGCUUUUGAGGUCAACCGCUUGCAUGCACUGUUCAUGCAGAGAAACCCAGAUUUCAAAGGGGGAGUGUCUGUGGGUGGACACAGCUUGGGAUCUUUGAUACUUUUUGACUUACUGUCCAAUCAGAAGACCGGGUCACCUUUAUCAGAUCUAAUAACCAAUGGGAAUGCUCAGCCUAAUGCAAAACAGAUAAGUCCAGUCAACCAGGCCAAUGAAGUUCCUACCGUAGCGGCUGUUGAGGAGGAGCCUAAGGAGGAAGAAGAGGAGAUUGGUGACCUAUCAUCUGUUCUGGAGAUGUUGGGCAUGUCUGAAUACCUGAGCACUUUUGAAAACGAGAAGAUUGAUGUGGAGUCUCUUCUCAUGUGCACAAUAGAUGAUCUUAAGGAAAUGGGUAUUCCUCUGGGGCCACGUAAAAAACUUGCUAAAUUUGUAAAAGAGAAGUCAGCAAAACAGGCAGCACGACAGGCUGUAAAAGAAAAGACCGUAGCACAAGAGAAACCGAAAGAGACCCUACCUCCCCUUCAAACAGAGCCCACACCAGAUUCUGCCAGCAACAAACUGCCAGUGGGAAGAAACAUGUCCUCAAUCCAUGUGGAUUACAACUAUUUUGAAAUAGGCACAGGACAGGUUUCAGUGGUGUAUCAUGCUCUGGACUUUGAGCCGGUGAAUUUCUUUGCUCUUGGAUCUCCCAUCGGAAUGUUUCUGACUGUACGUGGAGUUGAGAAAAUUGAGGAGUCUUACCAGCUUCCCACCUGCAAAGGAUUCUUCAAUAUCUAUCAUCCACUGGAUCCAGUUGCAUACAGAAUCGAGCCCAUGAUCUUACCAGACAUUGAACUGAACCCUGUUUUGAUCCCUCACCAUAAAGGAAGGAAGAGACUGCAUCUCGAACUAAAGGAGAGUUUGUCCAGGAUGGGCUCUGACCUGAAGCAAGGCUUUAUCAGUUCUGUGAAGAGUGCUUGGCAGACUCUGAAUGACUUUGCUCGUGCUCACACCUCUUCCGCUCAAUUGCAUGAACAGCUUGCCAUGGUAGCCAGUCAGAUUAAGGCAGAGGUGGAAAAGGAGGAAGGAGAAGAGGCGAGUAAGAUGGUUGAGUGUCCUGAUCCUCAGAAGGAGGAGGAGACUCAAGUUAAAGUGGGCCUGCUGAAUGGAGGAAAUCGCAUUGACUACGUCCUGCAAGAGAAACCGAUUGAAAGCUUCAAUGAAUACCUGUUUGCACUCCAGAGUCAUCUAUGUUACUGGGAAUCGGAGGAUACAGCUCUGCUCAUUCUCAAGGAAAUUUAUAAGACCGUGAACAUACACCCAGAUCAGCCAAUGCAUUGAUAUAAUAAAUAACUAAAACUUGUAAGCAUUGAUAAAUCAAUAUUUAAAAGUUUUCAACUCGAGCUGAACAAUAUUCUUUUUAAUUCUUUUAGUCUGUUGUAUACAAAUGAAUACACUUUUAUUAUUCCAUAUGUCUUAAAUUAAGAAAUGAAACAAUGGAUUUCAGUGCCACCACAAUGGUUUGAAAUUACAUUUUUAUAGCUUAAAUUAUAGAGCUGCAAAAGUGCAUAUGCAAAUGGAGUCAAAUGUGAAUUAUAAAAACAGAAACUACCGUUUAGAGUUAUGAUAUAUUAUAUAUGCUGUAUAAAAAAAAAAAAAAAACAAAGUCAUAAAUUGAUUUAUUUGGUAAGCCAUCGUGUUGCUUUGGUCUGUCAUUUUAGUUGAUGGUUACAGGUAUAACAAUGCUCCCAUGGAUAAGUGCUUGUUUAAUGAGAAUUGACAUUAAUCGGCACUUAGAUUAAGCUAAAAAUUGCUAAGAACAGCAACGGCAGGUGCUCAAGGCCAUAGUAAAAUUGUAAUCUCUGUAACAACAACUUUUGGGUCAACACAUUCCAAGAUCUAACAAAUAAUGCAUCUGUAAUGACAAGUUCUAUUGGUAGACAGUGCUAAAAAGAAAUUUGUUUGUAGACAGGCAAGUAGGGUUGAGAGAUGGGUAGUGGGAUUGGGUCAUGACCCAGAUCAGACUCGAUCCUGGGUCCCCAUGAGCAAACCACAGUGCAUUCUUGUGAAAGUUGUUACUGAUUUAAAUACAAGACCUUACGAUGUGAUCGCGGAGUAUGAUUAAUUGGACGUCCAUUUUGAUAAAGGGGACAAACACCAUUAAAAAUGUCUGGUUGUUUUUCUUUUAUUUGUUACAAAAAAGAGGAAUGGAACAAUUUCAACAUCCUGGAAAAUUUCAGGCCUUUCAACAGACAGCCAUGGCUAUAUUCAAGUAGGAUUAACAGUACCAAUUCUCAUCAGAAUCUAAGAGGCACAUACAGGCAAAUCUGUUCUUUAGUGUUGUAAAUGGUUUAGUUUCAAUCAAGAUUUACUAGAUACCACAGACUUUAAAGAGGUUGCAAAAGUCACAGCAUUUGAUGUUUACCAUCAACCCCUAAUAUUGAAUGCUAUGAUGCUGACCAGCAUCCUCACACAUGGCGCAAUUAAAGAGUUUGACUCAUGCAUAAAAAUGCAUAUCAGGACCAUGCAGCAAAAAACAUGGAAAGCUUUGGGGAAAAGUCUAUAUACUGUUCUAACGAUACAUUACCUACCAAACUGCCUAUUUCCUGAAUUACCCUCCAGCAUGGCAAGUUUAACCACAACCUUGUGUGGAUAAUUGUCCCUUUCAGCAUUUACAUUAGAUCCUUUUUUUGUGUCAGCACAUAGUUAAAGUCAUAAUAUAAAAAUAAAAAUGCAAUGUAUGGCUCUGUCAAUUAGUUGCAAAAAUAAAAUACUACAUCAUGCUUUACUCAUGGCAUGUCUUCUCAAUGUUGCAUUUAUGAAAAGACACUUUCUGUGCAAGAGAAGAAAAUCUGUAGUAAAUCUUGUUUCCUAAAGGAACUGAUCAUUAUUUCACAUAUAUACAGAGUUAAUGUCCAAAAAGUCCUUGCAAAUUUCAGAAUGUUUAUCAAAGUCUGAAUGAUGUAAACAUAGUAACAAAUUCCAUUCUCCCAGCCGAUUAAUUCUUCUUGCAGUCAUGGAGUCUUCUUUAAUCCAUGGGUUAUUUUCGAUUUAACAAGGAAUAACGUUCAAUUGAAAUAAUCUGGACAUGUCUCAACAACAGACCCAUGUCAUUACUGCAGUAAUUUACAAAAAAUGAGCUCCCCUGUGGUGCACUUUUGAGAGUGCACAGAAAGAAU